AUGGCGGGCCUUUUCCUCAAGGUCAGCGUAACGCUGGCCGUCGUGAUCGCGAUUGCGUUUCAGCUCCUGCUCAAGGAUCUUGUCUGGAUGGGCUUGGGAAUCGGGAAGCAUAUCCAGCCUCUGUCUGAUUUUCCCUACAAAUGCCGUCGCAUCGACGACCCGCGCUUCCAGGCAUGCGAGGACAUGUGGUUGUCCGAGUCCACGCGACAGCUCUUCAUGGCCUGCUCUACCACCGACGGUAGGAAGCAUUGGAUCCCCAACGGCCUUUCUCUGAAUGUCACAGGCCGUUCGCUUUCCGACGCCAUCGUCGCCGUGGACAUUGACAAGCCCAAGGGCGACUCCUUCGAGUUUCGCGCCCUCAAGACCCCGGGAUUCACAGGCACUGCCGGAGACGGCCUGCUCAACGUCCUCGGAGUCACCGGCGUCGACGACCCCAACGGCGACGUCGAGCUGCUGCUCAACAACAACCGCCCGUCCCUCGACCCUGCCACCGGCGCCAUCUUGCCCGACCAGACGCACGUCGGCGCCAACUCGACCCUGGAGCUCUUCAGGGUGUCUGGCCGCUCGUCCGAGAUGAAACACCUGCGCACCUUUGCCGACGCCCACGUCACUACGCCUAACAGCAUGGCCCCAGCGGGCGCCGGUCCGGGCAUCCGCCGGUUUUACAUGAGCAACAGCGGCGGCCCGUACAAGACCGGGCUUAAAGCACUUUUCGGCCCGCUCUUCGGAUCAGGCGACAUCACCUACUGCGACGGCAGCACGGACGAGCUCAGCUGCAAGGUGGUCUCGGCCGGCCACAAGCUCCCCAACGGCAUGCUCCGCAACUCCAAGGACGGGCUCAUCUACGCCGCGAGCUCGGUCACGGGUAUCAUCUCGGUGUUCCGCCCCCUGCCGGACGGCGGCCUCGCAGAGGUCGACCGGAUCGACAUCGGCUACGGCCUGGACAACCUAUCGGAGGAUGCCAACGGCGACAUCUGGGCGUCCAUCUAUCCGCGGGGCAUCGAGAUCCUCAUGGCUUUUGGCGAUCCGUGGAACGCAAAGUGCAAGGCCGCCGUGGUCCGCGUCCGCAGGGAAGCAGACGGCGGGUAUUCCUGGGAGAAAGUGCUCGAGGAUGGCGACGCCGAGGUUCUCCCCGGAUCGACGGUGGCCGUGCAUGACUCGAAGACCGGCAGACUCUUUUUCGGAAGUGUCUAUGCUCCGUACAUUGGUGUUUGCGAGCCCAUUCCCGCUUGA